GAAAUAUUUACUCUUGAAAACGACGGCUACACAUUAUUAUUUUUACUGAUAAUUGAUAAAAUCAUAUAAUAUAUUAUUUUUACAAGAAUUACCAUCGCUUUGAAUUCAAACGAUGUCCAACUAACCUGGUUACGGGAGCAUAAUAUAAUACAAUCGUACAUAAAUAUUAAAAUAAUUAGGCAUUAAUAUGUUUUUACACAAAUCGUUUAACAAAAUUAAUAUGCAAUUCCAAUUAUUCACGAAUUCGGCGAGAUACCAUGAGAUAAUUCUACCAGGAAUUCUACCUGUAUGGCUACCCUGUAGAAUCGGAAUUGUACUAUCAUAAACGUGUUAUGGUCCGGCAUCCACGGUUCAUCAAUUGAUAUCAAUUAAAAAAUCGGAAUCGAAUUUAUCUGUUUAUUUUUUUUGCAAAGAGUAUUCCUAUUGUGUACAGUUGUUCGUAUUGAUUUAAUGAUUUCUCCUUUGUUUGUAGUGCAUUUGAAACUAGUUAACUGCUAGGUACAUUUGGAAUUCAUUACAGCAGUGUUUGCCCACCUAACGGUUAUUAAUUAAAUACCUAUUUUCGACUCUAAAUUAAAUUAUCAUCACAAUAUACGUGUUUAUUUUAAAAUUCGUCUAUAUUGCUUUUCAGCAAUCAUAAUACAACUUUUAUUAGUAAUCAUAAAUAUCACCUUAUUUCUAUACUAAUAAAAUGACUGAACAAAACAUUUUAGACAAGUCUAUGAGAAGUGUUUUUGUUGGAAAUAUUCCAUAUGAGGCAACUGAGGAAAAACUAAAAGAUAUAUUUAAUGAAGUAGGACCGGUUAUAUCAUUCAAAUUGGUGUAUGACAGAGAAACUGGUAAACCUAAGGGUUAUGGUUUUUGUGAAUAUAAAGAUCAAGAGACUGCACUUAGUGCCAUGCGUAAUCUCAAUGGUUAUGAAAUUGGAGGUCGUACGCUACGUGUUGAUAAUGCUUGUACAGAGAAAUCCAGACUAGAAAUGCAAUCAUUAAUGAUGGGAAUGCCUACUUCUGAAAGUCAUUAUGGUGAUGCAGUUAAUGCAGAAAAAGCACCAGAGAUAAUAAACAACGUGGUUUCGACUUUACCACCAGAACAACUGUAUGAACUUAUGAAACAAAUGAAAGAAUGUAUUCAAAACAAUCCUGUAGAAGCUAGAAAUAUGUUGCUCCAGAAUCCUCAACUCGGUUAUGCAUUACUGCAAGCACAAGUUAUAAUGAAAAUUGUGGAUCCAGAAAUUGCUAAAACUAUGUUGCAUCCUGCACAUAAAGUUCCACCAUCACUACACAGCUCAACAACUUCUAGAGCUCCGCCAGUUCAUCAAACUUCUAAUGAUGAUAGCAUGGAUUGGCAGCAUAAUAAUAUGUUUCGCGGGCAGAGCACAAGCCAAGAUUUAAGACAGCCACCACCACCAAAUCAAAUGCCGUUCCUCCCUCCGCCACCACCAUUGUUGUCCAAUACUGAACUUCCUCAGUCAUUUAUGGCUCCAAGAGAUUAUCCACGGGCACCAGCAAUUGACUUAGAUAAUCGAUCAUUUGGAGAUAUGUUUAGAGAUCUCAGAGCUAAUAAUAAUUUUAUGACAAUGCCGCCUCCAUUGAUUGUACAACAACCAAUAGUACCAGAACAAAAGGUACCUCCAAGAAUUAUUCAGUCUUCUCAACCUCAAGCUCAACAAGCAUCUAAUCAAACAGUUAAAACAACUGAUUCUGAAAAGGCUGCUCUGAUAAUGCAAGUACUUAAGUUAACUGAUGCACAGAUUGCAAUGUUGCCCCAAGAACAGCGCCAAAGUAUACUUCAACUGAAAGAAAAAAUUUCUAAUUCUUCUAAAAACAAAGAUUAAAUCUCAUUUUUUUUAUUUAUGUUUUUAUAAAUUGUUUUUAUUAACAGUUAUACUAUUUAAAUUUAUGGUAAUUAAUAGUUAUGCUAAAACUAUAUAAAUGUAUUCAAAAUAGUAAUUAUAAUAAAUUGUUUUAGUUUAAAAUUAAAUUUUGAAUAUAUUGCAUAAAAAUGUAAUUGUUGUAUACGAGUAUGAAAUAUUCAGAUAUUCGGUAAUUUCAAAUUCAAGUAAAUUAUGUUCGUACCUGUGCAGGGGCUUUAUUUGCCAUUUUGUAGGGUAUGCAAAUGCGGAUCUCAAUUUUUACUGACCAAAAUUAAGGGCUGCAUUCAAUUUCAAUACGCCACCAAGUCACACCACGCCAUAUCCAAUCAAAUUAUAGGAUUUAUUUGUGAAAGUAAAUAUUAAAAAAAAAAUAUUUCUUUUUUUUUAAUUUAAUCUAUAUUACACAUAAAUCGUAAUUUGUAUUUUUGUUGGUGAGGUUCAUUUGCAAUUACUCAUCGCUCCAUGAGUAAAACUAGCAAUUUUAUUUCAUUUUAUAAUUAUAUUUUUAAUAUUUUAAUCAUAUAUUAAUAUUUAUAACAUAAAUAUUAUUUAAAUUUUGAAACAAAAAAUGUUGUUUAGGUACUAUCUAACAAUAAUUUUUGCGCCCUGCGUAAAAGCUUGUUUACUGAACACUUAUUUUGUCAUUGAUUGGGUAUUUUAUAUUUUUACUUUUAUCUUCAUUAUAUUAAUUUUUGUAUUUAUUAUUUGAAACCUACAUAAAAAUGUGUUGUCUUUAGUGAUUCAAAUGUUAAAAUGUCAUGAUUUAUAUUCAUACAUUGUUGUACUUUUUUUAUAGUAGUUGGUAAAUCAAAACACUCCUAUUUUGAUACAAUUUGUUUGUUUUAAAUACUAGUAAUGCGAGUGAAAUGAUCAAUUUUUGUUUAUGGUAAUAAUUGGUUCUGCAAUCUGUACAUAGUGAUCCGGUUAAUAUUUUAUUUUGCCAGACCUAUGAAGCAACUAAUAUGUCACCAAUUUAAUACCUUUGUAAAAUCUUGAAUUAAAUAAUCAUUUAAUGUAAUACAACUAAUCAUCAACUGUAAAAUUCCUAAUUUAUGAUACAGACAUUGUUAUUUAAGUUUUUUCAUACUGUUAAAUUAGUUGAAAAAAAAUGAUUUUUAGUAUUUAAAACCAUUGAUUAAUAUUGUAUAGUAAAUAUCCUAUUAUUUUUAAGGUUAAUUGUUAAUAUAAUCAAUAAUCAUACAUGGUAUAAUAUGUAAAAAUGUAAGGCUGUCAUAUUUCUUAUAGGCCAUUUUGGUGUGUAACUGAAUUUUGACUGAAAAAAUAAAUUGUACUUAAAGCUACCACGUGAAAAUUUAA